UUAUCUUCAGCGCUCAUCCCCAAAGGAAACAGAAACUGUUCAAGGUUGUUUCGUGCAUUGGGCUCAACAUUCCAGGAUGUCACUCAAGACCGUUAUUUUGAUCGCCGUGGUUACCCUGGGUUGUCAUGUGCUGCUCACCAAAGCACAGACUAACUGUGGAGUGGGGAGUGCGUGCGACAAUUGUCCCGAGGGGUAUUACGGUAUUGUGCAGAUCAACCCUCUCGUACAGGUGAAAGUGUGCUGUAAAGGAUGCAGCAGUAAAUACUUCAGCUACAGAAGCACUCCUACACCAGCAUGCACAUGUCAAUAUGACCGUGUGAUUAACGAUGCCUCCUGCUGGAAAGGUGAGCAAUGCGAUAACUGCAACAGCAGUUACACAGGCUCUGUGAAUGGCCUGCCGGUCUGUUGCUCACAGUGUAGAGCCUUUGGCCUCAUACUCAGCCCCACAAGCUGUUCAUGUAACGAUGGCGCCUAAGCUGGAUCCAGAAAAAAGCAGUCGUCCGCAAUCUAUCCCGUCAUACAGUCAGAAAAUGAAGUGUUGACCAGGAAACGUUUCACACAGCGAACGAGCUGAACGAAAAUACGGCAGCCAUUGUUGCGGCUAUGGCGUUACCAUGGUAAUGUGACAUGCGCAAUGUGAAACGGAACCUGGAGAGUUAUCCAUCAUCCUUCUUUGAAACAAAAGUAAAAAUAGACCUAUAUAUAAUUCACGUAGUUAUUAUUUUUUCUUGACGGGAUGACCUUUUUUGAAAGUAUAUAAACAUAUAUAUAAUCAUUUCCUCACUUUUCGUUAAGUAACCAUUAGAACUAAGCCAAUUCAUAUACAUGUAUAUCUACUGCACAUGCGCCACAAAUUUUCAUUAAAAAAGCAUUCUUUGAGGCAAAUAAUGAUCACAAAAUCUUAGUUUUGGUUUUCUGAAACAUACAUUUUGCCAAACAGUUGUCAUCUUACAUUGAAAAGUUCGAAAUUUUAGGUUAAAUACAGCACUUGCAGUUUCUUAGUAUCAAUACUGGCCUCUCUGCAACGAAAGCACAUCCGAAUGCGGAGACAAAAACAGCUGAAAGUUGAACAGAUAAUAAAGGUUGUUGGAAUGCAGCUGAAUUCGAAACAUUUCACAUUUGAGCUUUCUGAGGGUGGCAAUGAGCUAUCAAAUCGCAUGUCAUACCAUUUAUGCCUAAAUACCAACUUCAUUUAUGAUUAAUUCUAAAUCAACUGAUAACAUUUGUAUAUCUUUGGGUACAAACCAGCUAAAUUCUGUAAAACAGCUACUUUAGAAUUAAUGUACCAGAGCUCUGUAGAAACCCUGGAUAUUCCGCAUUAUAUCUCGUGUUACAAACCAGCCGCGUUUAGUAACUCUUAAUUAUAUUAAUGUAGUAACUCUUAUACUCUUAUACUAGAGUAUUUCAACUCCUUUCAAUAAUAAAGAUGAUAACAAACUG